AUGUUGAAUCUGGAUGUUCCGAUGGCUGCCAUUUUACCAGAAAAUAAUACAAACGUUGUUGGAAAUGAAAUUGCUUUCGAAUCCUCUAGUCCUAGUACUAAAUCAGGACAUGGCACAACUUUGAACUUAGACAUUUCUGAUGUAUUAACUGGGGCAAUUAACAACGACAUAAUAUUUGACUGCAGUCAAGUGGCUGCUAGCCAAUCUUAUUCACAAGAUAACGAUUUGUUUCCAAGUUACCAUACUAUGGAUGAAAGCUUAUUGGAAAGUAGUUUAAGACCUGCUGAUGAUGAAGCACAAAGUUUUGAUCAGUUGUUGAAUGAAGACCGUGCUAAUAUCGCCAUAUCUAUUGAGAGUGAUUUAGAAAAUAUAAAUUAUUUGAAUACAUCGUGUGGACCUAUUGAAGGACAACUACAUACAAAUGAUCAGCUUAGUGAUGCUAAGUCACAAUCUAUGAGCACAAUACGGUCCAAAGGCAGCUAG